AUGAAGGAUGAGGAUGCUGUGAGGAUGCUCAGGUCCACCUUCCUCCUGCUGGAUAUUCUGUCGACCGACAAUCAUACAGAGAUCGUUAAAAUAAAAAUAAAAAAGGGAGAAAAUAAAGUAACUUCAGAUCCUCUUGGGGACAUUCUACGUCUGAUCCAUUAUAUUGUGCUGGAGAUUGUGAGUAAGGAAAUACUAAAUAUAAUCAGGGAGAAGCUGAGAGGUCUUGUUGGAAUGCCUUUUAUUCUCUUCCAAGAGGCUAUGGGUCCUAUUUUGACUAAGAGACGGAUACAUUUAGAAGUGGUAGAAGGGAUAGUAAAUUCUAAGUUAACAAGUAAAUAUAGGCAAGAGCCACGGACGGCCAAGGCAGCGCCACGGACGGCCAAGGCAGCGCCACGGUCGGCCAAGGCAGCGCCACGGUCGGCCAAGGCAGCGCCACGGUCGGCCAAGGCAGCGCCACGGUCGGCCAAGGCAGCGCCACGGUCGGCCAAGGCAGCGCCACGGUCGGCCAAGGCAGCGCCACGGUCGGCCAAGGCAGCGCCACGGUCGGCCAAGGCAGCGCCACGGUCGGCCAAGGCAGCGCCACGGUCGGCCAAGGCAGCGCCACGGUCGGCCAAGGCAGCGCCACGGUCGGCCAAGGCAGCGCCACGGUCGGCCAAGGAAGCGCCACGGUCGGCCAAGGCAGCGCCACGGUCGGCCAAGGCAGCGCCACGGUCGGCCAAGGCAGCGCCACGGUCGGCCAAGGCAGCAUCUCCAAUGACGUCGCUCAAAACCUGCCGAAGAAAUUUGCUUCAAAAACCUGUGAGUGUUAGUGACAACCUCAAACCUUCGUGCAAGUUUUUCCAGCACCGGCGGGAACCAGCACCACUGGCACUCAUGAAUUGA